AUGAAGAAGACUCUGCUCCUCGUCUUCAUCCACGGGUUCAAGGGCGGAGACGACACCUUUGGCAACUUCCCCGCGCAUCUCCGCGCCAUCACCAGCCAUGUCUUGCCCAACAUCGACAUUGUCGCGGUGACAUAUCCCAAGCUUCAGAACAUCGUGAUAGACAUCGAAGUCUCCAACCACACGCCCUCACCCACCGUCGAUCCAUCCGUCCAUGUCAUCCUCAUUGGGCAUUCCAUGGGCGGAAUGGUCGGCGCAGAGACCAUAAACCUACUCGCCUCGGAACAAUUACUCCCCUCUACGAAAUCCUCAUCGAGCGCGGCUGAGACGCAGCAAUGCCACGACCGCAUUCAGCCCAAUACAUUCAUGUUCCCACACAUCCAAGGCCUCCUGGCCUUUGACACGCCCUUCCUUGGCAUCUCGCCCGGAACGGUCUCCUACACUGCUGAAAACCACUACAAAACAGCCUCCGCCGCCUACGGCGCAAUCUCAGAGGUCGCAAACGUAUUUGGCUGGAAGGCAAGCAACACCAACACCAGCACCAGCACCAGCACCGCCGCCACCGCCAGGCCGCAAGGUCCCGGAAAUAACCCACCCUCCCUCCCCGCCCCAGCAACCACCCACGACGCCGCUGCAACCCCCUCCUGGCAACGCUGGGGCCGCUACGCCAUGUUCGCCGGCGCCGCAGGCGCCGUGGCUGCAGGCGGGGCCGCAGCACUAUAUACCCAGCGCGACCGCUUCCUCGAGGGCUGGACCUGGGCAACCUCACAUCUCGAAUUUGUCGGGUGCCUGGCCCGUCCGGAGGAGCUGCGGCGGCGGCUCGCGGGUAUCACGCAGCUGCGCAGGGAGCGAGGGUUGGGGUGUGCGAAUAUCUACACGCGUCUGGGCCGUGGGGCGGUGACGGUUCCGUCGGAUGUGACGGGGGAAAAGGGCGAUGGUGGGCAGCGGUUUUCGAUCAGUAGGCAUAUCCUGAGGUCGAAGGUGCGCACGUUUUGUAAUUUGCCUAGGGAUGUGGAGGGAGGAGAGGAGGAGGAGAGGACGCGGGGUGGUGAGUCGAAGGAGAUGGGGAUGGAGUGGAUUGAGGCGGUGAAUGAUAGGGCUGCAGAUGAGACGAAGGCACAUAUGACUAUGUUUUUGCCGCCGGAUAAUUCGGGGUUUUAUGAAAUGGCGCAUCGCGCUAGGGACCUGGUAGCCGCAUGGGUUGAUAAGGGGUGGUACUCUACCACUGGUGUUUGGGAUAAUGGGUCUGGGAACAAGGAGCAAGGCGCAGCAGGUGGGGACCUGGUUUCUGAUGACGUUGCUAUUCUCUAG